UUCCUGUCCAGCCAUUUUAGGCGUUUGUGUCUUCUGUGGAGAGAGGCCCGCAGGUUGUUUUCCCCCCGGUGUCUGCGUUCCAUCCACUCACUGCAAGAGCUGCCGGAGAUCAGCGGGACACCCGGUGAUCGGAAAUGGAGUCAGUGGCCUUUGAGGAUGUGGCUGUGAACUUCUCCCUGGAGGAAUGGGCUAUGUUGAAUCCAUCCCAGAAGAACCUCUACAAAGAUGUGAUGCAGGAAACCCUGAGGAACCUGGCUUCUAUAGGGAGCAGUUUGGAGCACCAUAUCAUUGAAAAUAUAUACCGAACUUCCUGGAGAAAACUAAGUGGUCAAGUGGUGGAGGGACUCUAUGACUGUAAAAAUGAUCAUCAGUGUGCAGAAAUCUUCGACUUCACUACACACAGUAUUGUAAACCAGAACUCCUUACCAGGAGUACAUAUAUGUGAAAACAGUGGAUGUGCAACAGUAGUCAUUGGCCAUUUAUCUCUAAGUGUACUCCUUAAACCUGACAUAAAGCAAGAAUCGUGUGACGAUCAGGAAUAUGGGAAGGAAUUAUACAAUAUGGAAUUUGGGGCCACCUCCAGUUCUCUCACAUCAUUUGAGAACUAUGAAAAUACUUACACUCUAGAGAGACUGUAUAAAACUGAGCGCUGUGAUGAAGACUAUAGAUAUGGUCAAAGUGUUGAAAAGACUUUCACUGAAGACAAGCCCUUUGAGUGUAAGCAGUGUGGGAAAUGUUUCAGUUCCUCCAGGUACUUUCGAAGGCACGAACGACGUCACCGUGCAAAGAAAUGCUAUAUCUGUAAGCAGUGUGGGAAAGCUUUUGCUUUUCCUACUUAUCUACAAACACAUGAAAGAAUUCACACAGGGGAGAAGCCAUACGUGUGCUUGCAGUGUGGGAAAACCUUUGCUCAUUCUCGUUCUCUUAAAACACAUAAAAGAACUCACUCUGUUAGGGACCUCUUUGUAUGCAAUUACUGUGGGAAAACCUUACGUCAUUACAGUUCUCUUCAAAUCCAUACAAGAAUUCACACGGGAGAGAAACCUUACGUGUGUAAACCAUGCGGUAAAGCCUUCAUUACUUACCGUUCCUUUCGAAUACAUGAAAGAAUUCACACUGGAGAAACACCUUAUGAAUGUAAGCAGUGUGGAAACACCUUCAUGCGUUGGAUUCAGUUACGAAAGCAUGAAAUAAUUCACAGUGGUGUGAAACCCUAUGCUUGUAAGCUGUGUGGAAAAAGCUUCACUUGUUCUGGGUCCCUGAGAACACAUGAAAGAAUUCACACUGGGGAGAGGCCCUAUGUGUGUGACCAGUGUGGAUAUAGCUUUACUCGGUUGAAUUCGCUUUUAAGACAUAAAAUAACCCACACUGGUGAGAAGCCCUACGUGUGUAAUCAUUGUGGGAAGACUUUUCCUCGUUCUGCUUCCCUUCAAAGACAUGUUAAAAUUCACACGGAGGAGAAACCGUACGUGUGCAAGCAGUGUGGGGUUGCCUUCGCUAGUUCUACUGACCUUUUAGAACAUGAGCAGACUCACAUUGAUGAGAAGCCUUACAUCUGUGAGCAAUGCGGGAAUGCCUUCGUGCUGUGGAGUCAAUUUCAGAAGCAUAAAGCACUUCACGCUGUCCCAGUUUCCUACGUGUGUAAGCAGUGUGGGAAGAGCUUCACUUCUUCGAGGUCGCUGAAGACGCACGAGAGAAUUCACACUGGUGAGAAGCCCUAUGAGUGUAAGCAGUGUGGGAAGACCUUCCUGUGGUCUUACUCCCUCCAGAGACAUGAGAAAACUCAUACUGACGGGAAGCUCCACGUGUGUAAGCAGUGUGGGGAAACGUUCCCUUACGACAGUCAUCUUCAGGUGCAUGAGAAACUGCACUUUGACGAUGAACCUUUUAAUUGUAAGUACUGUGGGAAACCCUUCUUCACUUUGAACCAUUUGCAUAGACAUGAACUACUUCACACUACCCUGGAUGCCAGCAUUUUUUAGUAAUCUGAGAAGUUUUUUUUUUGUUUGUUUGUUUGUUUUUUUUUCUUUGUGGCUUUCAUAGAAAUAAGAAAAAUCAUACUGGAAAAGGACUAGAUUUGUGCUAGCAAUGUGGAAAAAUUUUGUUUCAUUGAAACAAACAUGAGAUGUCACAAUAAGGAGAAACUUUUUUUUAAGUCAAUGUACAAAUGGUUUUGAGCUUAAAGCUCCUUGAAGUACAUCAAAGAGAAAUGGGCCUUUGACUGCAAGCAGUAUGGAAAAGCCUUCUGCAGUCCGGGAUCUUUGGAGACAGGAGAAAACUCCACGCUGUAGAGAAACUUUUAUGUGUAUGUAUGUGGUGUUGUGAAAAAUAUGCUUUCUGCUUCCUCAUUCCCUUUGAAUACAUGGAAGGAGUCACUGGAGAGAAACCCUUCAUAUAUAGGCAAUCUUGGACAGUCUUGGGUUAUCACAUCCUUUUACAGACAUGAAAGAACCUACUGUAGAGAAACCUUAAAGAGGAUUUGUGAACUCUUCAUUAUCAACUUCAUAGAACUCACAAGAAUGUACAUGGGGAGAAUUCCUAUCAGUGGAAACCUAUAUGAACACCAUUUGGUUCAAUGGACAGACAAGGAAAAAACUUGAUAUGGAGUGCUAAUCUUCUCAAAAGAGAUGUUCAAGGUUUCAUUUGACACAGGUGGAAACACAUACCGGACGAAAACCUUUGCUGUUGAAAAGCAUUGGAAAAUCUAGAGCAGUAGUGAAUAAAGGAAAAGUCCUUUGAAUUUUUUUUCAUGUUUAAUCUGAUAAAUGUCAGUAUUAUGAAGGACUGGACAUAUUUUUUUUUUUUAGCAUGCUCCAGGAAAUGCACACUCUGAAGAGAAUGUUAUCAGUACAGUAUUUUGUAUUUAUUGAAAAUGUUCAGGGGCUGAUAGGGCUGAGUUGGCCUUUAAGAGCAUCUGCUGCGCCUUCCAAAGGACACUGAGUUAGCCUUUAAGAGCAAUUGCUUUUCAGCACCAUGUCACAGGGCUCACAACUGCAUUUGACUCCAGUUACAGGAGAUCCAGUUCUUCCCUCACACACUUGUACACAUAAAAAUAAAACUUAAAUAUUUUUCUAGUUUUUUUUUCCCAUAAAAGCUUUUGUUGUGUAUCCCAGGUUGGCCCGGAACUUAAUCUUCCAGCUUUCAGCUUUUGAAUGUUUAAGAUGAAAUGUCUCUGCUUCCACAUAUACCAUCAUGUUUAAGAGUCCAUCUCUUGACUUGUUUUUAAAUUUUACUCUACAAAAGCAAGCAGUAAGCAGAGCAUUGAGUAAUGUGGAACGGCAGCUUAAACGCAUGCACUGCAGACCAGUAAGACCUACCUACGAGAAAUGCUGACAGGAAUAGAAAGUACGUUUGAUUACACUUGUGAGACUUCCUAAAGCAAUCAUGGAUUAGUUUAAUGGGUGAGAUCUUUUUGUAUCAAAUAAGUAGAUGCUUCUCAUUGUAAACUGUGUUGGAUUUCAUUGGUGAAUUGAUAUUUGAAGUAUGCCAUCCCCCUUAAAUAUCUUCAAAAGCAUUUUAAGUACUUACGUGUGAGCAUGUGAGUGUAUGUAGACAUAUGCCCAGGGAGGGGCAUUACAGACAUUGGGACAUGUUUGAUGUGUGUCAUGGGAUCAGAAUCCUAGUCUUCAUGAUAGAAUAGUAAGUACUUUUAGCUGCUGAGCCCCUCAAGCCCUUGCAUAAGUGUCUUUGUUUUUCAAUCAUGAUUAAUGGGUAGUUUAAAAAAAUGACUUUGUGAAUAUUGGAAUAGUCCUAUUGGUUUUAUUAUUGUCCUAUUGGCUGAUUAUAAGCAUUUUGUGUAUAUGCUCAUUUUUCAUGGAAAAAGUGUGUGUGUGUCUGUCUGUCUGUCUGUCUACGAAUGUGUUUUGGGGCACUGUUUAUGUGUUGCUGGUAUGGUUGGUAGUAGUCACAAAGUGAACGAAGUAAUAUAUUGGAUGUCUUGUUCUAUAACUAUAGGCGGCAGCCAGCAGAAGCAUUUCUUGUCUCUACUCCCCAUAGUGCUGAGUAUAGCCACUGUAGAGGUUGGGUCUGGUUCUUCCUCCCAGCCUCAUGUUCCCAGAAAUAAGACUCAGACUCAAAAUAUAUUUACAAAUACCUUAGCCAUAUUGCUCAGCUCUUCUGACUAGAUCAUAACGAAAGAUGACCCAGUUAGUCUAACCUACACUCUGCCACGUGGCUCGUUACCUGCACUGAGGUACCAUGCACCCGUCUAGUCACAUCUUCUCUAUCCCAGAAUCUCUUCUGCCUCCUGGGUGUCCCACCUUCCAUUUCCUGCCUAAGUCAUUGACCAUGGGCUUUUUAAUUACCGGUACAAUACAGAAGAUAUUCUCUCUGGAGAUAGUCAGUCCCAGCUUUUAUUGAUUGGGAAUGAAACUCCUCAUGAUUGCACAGCAAGUGGGCCCCCCACUCAGCCACCUCCUCAGGCCUAAACCAGUUUUAAAUAGUUUCUUUUGUUUAUGUUGCUCUCGGAUGUGUUCUCACAAUCCUAAGUAUGUGUUCUUUUAACUUUGAUGUAUUUUCAAAAUAUUUUUUAGAAUAGCAAAUGUUGAUUUUGUUUUUCCCAUUGAGAAGGUAGGUAUAAAUAAGUAUAUUGUAGUCAUAGGCCAGACCAUCUUUCCGAGUUGGCUUAUUUCUUACUUUGAGAAUUUCAUACGCAUAUACAAUAAAAGAGAAUCAUGUAUACCCAUUGUUUUCUCCUUCCAACAUUCCCUAUUUCUCCCCAACACCCUCUCUUAACUUUGUCUUUAAAAAUAAUCUACUAGUCUAGUUAGUGUUGCUCAUACAUGCAUGAGUAUGGGGCCAUCUACUGGAGGAUGGGUGACCUACCAGUAGUUACAUCUUCACAAGUGAUUCUCUGUGCCCCAGCAGCUAUUCACAGACAGUAGCUUCUCAGUACGUGAUAGGCUGGGGUUUGGGCAUACUUAAUAUUACAAUGUAGGUCUUGUGCAUGCAGUCACAUUUGCUAGGAGUUCAUGAUUAUAGUAACCAUCUCCAAAAAAAAAAAAAAACCAAAAAACAAAACAAACCAGCAUUGCACAGAAUUCCCUCUCCCUGGCUCUUAUAUUCUUGUUGCUUUUUCUUUGAUUUUCCCUGAGCCUUGCUGAUGAUGGAGAUUAAUAUAACUGUCUCAUUUAGAGGUGAAUAUUCAGUCUCUUCAUAGCCAGUUGUGCAUCACUCCAUUGACAGCUGUCCACUGUAAAAAGAAGCUUCUCUGACCAACGUUGAGAGCAGUCAAGGUCCUUUGGUACCCAGAACUGGAUGGAUGGCAGGAACUUAGUUUUUAGGGUUUUUUUCCCCCUUUUUCUUUCUUUUUUUUUUUCCAGAUGGGGUCAUGUUAUCUGGCCGUGGCUGGCCUAGAACUUUAUGUAGGCCAGAUUGUUGUCAGCUUGUGCUUAAUAUUUAUUUUAAGUCACGAACUAUUAUCGUGUUUGUGUUCAUGUAAUUUUAGUGUGUAAAUUUUCAUUUUCAUUGUAAUUAGUUAUUUCACUAAGAGAUAUAUUGUUAUCACUGCCUUACUGGAACCAUGUGUUAAAUAAAUGUACUAACUCUGUACAUGUGAGUGGCUCAUUUAAGAAAGGAUUGUCCACAUUGCUUCUGACAGAACUGGCGUUUUAAUUUAGGAGGUCUUACAGGGAAUGGUUUUGUAGUUUGGUGUCCCCUGUGUUGGAUGCACUGAGGGUUGACUGUAGUUCUGCUCUCGUAAGCACAACAGUUGUUACCCAGAAGGCAGAGUGCUGGAUUAAAGGGAGAUGGAAUUCAUGAAAUGUGCUAGUUAGUCCACCAGGGAGUAGGAGGUACUUUCCUAUUUCAUGAACCAAAAUGUUUCACAGUUUUUCAACUUACGAUGUCCUUUUAUUUAUUUUUUUUAUUUUUUGGCUUUUUCAAGACAGGGUUUCUCUGUCCUGGAACUCACUCUGUAGACCAGGCUGGCCUUGAACUCAGAAAUCUUCCUGCCUCUGCCUCCCAAGUGCUGGGAUUAAAGGCGUGGGCCACCACUGCUGCCCGGCCUUUUUUUUUUUUAAUAUAUAUAUAUAUAGUGUCCUUUUAGAAUGCCUUUCUGUAGUAGUCAUUAAGGAAUUGCUCACUGGUGGAGGCUGGGGACAUUAUCCUUCAGUGGCAGAUGUGCCUUGUUGUGUGACGUGUACAACAAUGUUCUGGAUAAUUUUUGCAUUUCUUAGUUUCUGUGUAAACACUAAUAUUUACUAUAAUAUUGAUAGAUGCAGUUGUCCACAUAUAUAGGUGUGCCUAGAGUUUCCAUAACAUUACAACAUUACAUUCUAAGUAAAGUGCGUCCAAGAAAAGCACUUUACACUCAACCUAGUGAUCAUCACACCUUAGCCUUGUCUACAGCAACAACUCAGCCUAGUGAUCAUCACACCUUAGCCUUGUCUACAGUAACAAUUUUGGCCACACUUCUGUUUUCCUUAAGUUGGAGAAAGGGGCUUUUGCUUUGUAUAUAUUUUUUUAAUUUAAAUGUUUUUUAAAUUGUUAGUUCAUAUGUUGGCAAAGUUACAGGUUUUCAAAUGACAUUGUGACCCAGGUUUCCAAGCACUAACCGUUUCUUGUUCCGUUUCUUCUCCCCAGUGGUUCUGUUCUCUCAAAUAGAACUCACUUAGGAGUUCAUCUCUCUAGUUUGUUAAAAUUUAGAUUCUGUUCUGUAUAGAAGGAACACCAUUUGGAGCUGAGUUGUCACUUACAUAUUGAUAUCCAGUUCCAUCCAUUUUCCUGCCAAUAAUAGUUUUUGGUGACCUAGAAUAGUCUACAUUUUAUAUAUACCACAUUAAAAAUUAAAAAUUUUUAGUUUAUCUAUUGAUGGGCACUUAGGCUGAUUCUAUAGUUCAAUGUAGUGAGUUGUUUAGGAACGUGAGUACAAGUGUUUCUAAUAUAAUCUGACUUAGAUUCCUUUUGUUGUAUACUAAACAAUAGUACAGCAGGAUCCUAAGAUAGUGUAUUUUGAUUUUUGAUGAAACUUCUAUUUUCCCCGAGUGACCAUGCUAAUGUACAUUUCCAGGAGCAGCCGUACAUUCUCACCAGUUUGUGUUGUAGUUUGGUUUCUUGAUAGCUAUUCACACUGGGGUAAAGUUAAUUGUAUUGAGGAUAUUCAUGUAUUUAUUGGCUAUUUGUAUGUUGUUUGAGAAUGGAUUGUUUCCACUUACGUUGCUUCAGUUACUUGUUCAUUUGUAAUAUAAUUUUUGUUGCCUUUUACUGGUUUUCUCAUUGAGUGUUUCAUGUACCUAAAGUUGCUUUUAAGCUUGCUGUGUGUGUGUGUGUGUGUUGUGUGUACUUUUUGUCUUUAUGUUAAAUCCCUUGUCAGAAGAAUGUGAGUCCAAAGAUUUUUUUCCCCACCCUGUGGCUUUCUCCGACAAUUGUUUCCUUUUUCUUUAUUAAAUCUCUUUAACUUCUUGGAAUGAUUAACUCCCACUUAUACUUUGGAGGGUUUUGUUUAUUUUUGUUUUUAACAUGGGUUCUUGUUUUGUAGGCCUGACUAACCUGGAAUUUGCUGUAUACAUGGGGCUAACCUCUAAUUUACAGCUCUUUCUUCCUCUGUUUUCUGGGUGUUAACAUUAUGGUCCUGACCUGCUAGUCAAUGAAACUGUUCAGCUGAGAAUGCCAUUGUCUACGCCUGUAGCUUCAUGUAUUCUGUAGAUUUUCCUCUGAGUUUCAAAUUUUGUAGGCCUUACGCUAAGGUCUUUGGUUCAUUUUGUAUCGCUUUUAUACAGAGUGAUAGAGGGACUUAGGGAUAUUCUUAUAUAUACGAUGUUGAUUUCCUGUUGAGGCCAUUUAUUAUCCUAUGCAUGAUUUGGAUACCUUUGCUGAAAUCAGAAAGUGUGGCUCCAUGGUUAUUCUGGGACUGUACCCUUCCAUUGCUGUGUGUCUGUGUUUAAGUUCACUGGUUUUAGAGCAUCAUUUAAGUUGGUGUGGUGAUAACUCUAGCAUUGUUCUCUGUGCUCAGUGUUGCUUUGGCUAUUUGGAGUAUUUUGGUUUUCUUACAGUUACAGGAUUGUGUUUUUUAUUUCUGGAAAUAAUGACAUUGGAAUUUUGAGGGGGCGUGUGUUAAGUCUGAACCCUUUACACUUUUUCAUAUUAUGGUGCAAAUCUGAAUAAAUGAUUUGUAAGCAUGGGAAUGAUGUCUAUGUUCUAGAGCCUUCGGUUCUUACGUGUUUUUAAGUUGUCGUUGUGUAUUCAUCGUGACUAAGUUUAUUCAUGGGUGAAUUAGACUUUUUGUCUUGUUACUUGUUUCUUAGGCUUUUGGAAGACAAGUUUUUAAAAAUUAUUUUGCCACCAUUUUCAUUGUCAUAUAAAUGGCUACUAGUUUUUCUAUACUGAACUACUUGGGUGAAGUUAUGAUUGGAUGUAAGAGUCUUGUGCGGCACUUUGGGUCUUUUAAAAAUAUGAACUUAGGAGCAGUCGAGCACUGGCUCCCCUCCUAGAGGACUGAAGCUUGAUUCCCGGCACCGGUGUGGCACCUCAACUGUAACUCCAGUUCCAGGGAAUCCAACACCCUCUUCUAAUUUCUGGGUACCAGAUAUGCACAUGGUGCAGAGAGAGACAUGCAGGCAAAACACCCUUACCAGAUAAUAAUAAUUUUAAUAAGAUGGUCCUAUUGUCCAUAAAUAGAGAUUUGGCUUCAUUUUACUUCCACUUUCUUUCCUCAGCGCUCAGGGUUGAACCCAGGAGCUUGUGUGUGGUAGGCAAGCGGUGUACCACUGAACUGCAACCACACAAUUGUAUCUCUUUCCUUUUUCUUUUUAAACUUUCCAGUUAAGAAUGUAAGAGAUGUAUACAGUAGCGUAGAGAAGGUGAACACCUUGUGUAACUCCUGGUAGUUGAAGAGAUACUUUUAGUUUUCCUGUUUGGUAUAGUCUUGGCUCUAGUUUCGUUGUGUGUAACAUCUCUUACAGUGAGGUGUCUUCUUUCUAAUCUCAGAAUAUUUCCAUCAGGGAACAUAGAGCUUUGAAGUCCACUUCUCCAUGUAUUGAGAUGAUCAGUGGUCUCAAUCCUUGAAUAUCUAUAUUCUUGACACUUAGUGAUUGAUAUCUGUGGAAACAUACUUACAUGCAAAGAAUGAAAUUCACCUGAUUAUAGUUUGUGGUGUUUUUAAUAUGUUGCUUGGUUUUAGAGUGUAAUCUUGAAAUUUUUUUUCUAUUUUUAUCAAGGAAAUUGUGUUAUGGUUUUCUUUGCUGUUGAGCCCUUCAUAGUUUUGGCAUCAUGGUAAUAGAACUACCUUUUAAGAAUAAAUUAGUUAGUGUUUCUUCCCUUUGUAUUUAGUGAAAUAGUUUGGGAAGCUUGGAAGAAUUGAACAGUGACUUCAUCAAGCCCUGUGCUUUCCUUGUAGAGACAGUUCAUUUCUAGCUUAAGGGUGUUGCCCUUUUACGCUGUUCACAUUCCCUCGACUUAUUUUCUCCUCUGUUGGUUUUGUUAUUGAGAAUUUUAUACAUGCACAUAAUGCAUUUUGAUCAAGCCCAUACACUCCCAUUUCUUUCCCUCUAAUUCUUCCAUCCUUCUCACCACUUUUGUUCUCAAUUUCAUUUGUUCUCUUCCAUUUUUAACCUAAAGUCUCCUUAGUGCUUCCAGUAUGUACAUGGGUGCAGUGCCAUCUUUUGUGGAAUGAGUAGCCUCUCCCUUACCCAGCAGUCAUCAACCGCCAAUCGCUACUCAGAGCGGGCCUUUCUGCACACCACCCACCGCGGUGCUGGGAGUUUAAUCUGGCUUGAGCGUGUGUAUGCAGUCACAGCUGUUGUCAGUUAGGAGGUGCAGCUGUCCUGUUGUAUCUAGAACACACUGUUCUACUGUAACACUCUGGCUCUCACAGGCUUUUAGCUUCCUCAUCUGUAAUGAUCCCUGGUCCUUUGAGAGAAGAAAUGUGAUAUAGGUCAAUGUUCCAUUUAGAGCUGAGCCCUCAAAUCUUUUAUUCUUUAUAUGUUCACCAGUUGUGAGUCUAUUAAUUACCAUCUACUGCAAAAACAAUAACAAAACCCAUCUUCUAUGAUGAAGAUACAUUUUUCUAUGGGUAUAAAGAUACCCUUUAACAGAAUAAUAGGUUAGUAGAAAGUUUCCUCAUUAAUACUGCCAGACUUGGGUUUUAUCUUGUGGAUUGUAUGAAAUGAGCCUGAAAUCCAGUCAAAGUGGUUGGUUAUUCCAUUAUUCAUGCCAUACUCAAGGCUGUGUCUUGCCAGACUGAUCUGUAAUAGUAACUCAGAGGCUUCUCGGCUGGGCAAACACAGCAUCAUCUAGCAGUAUGAAAGCUAGCCAGUACAGUGAACCUCUAGGUCAAUGUAAGCUAGGAUUUAAUGCUCUAUGACUCAAUGUGUGGUGUCUUCAGUAAUAAGGUCUUACUGUCAAGUUCUGUGUGGGUAACCAAGGACAAUCACAAUAGCCUAUAAUAUUUGGAGGGGGAGGCCUAUGAAACCUCCAACUUUUGGCCUAAUUUUGAUAUUUCAUGUAUGUCUUGAAAUUCUUGAAUUUCCAGUUCAUUGUAAUAUAAGUUUUCAAAGUAUCCUCAAAUCAUUCUCUGGAUUUCAUUUUCUGUGUAUUGUAAUCUCUUCCUUUUCAGUGCUAACUUUAUUCAUAUGAAUAAAUGUAUAAAAGAAAGCAUAAGAUAAUAAACAAUGAAGUACUUAGUUAAAAUUUGUAACUAUUAUGACUGCCUGGAAGUUGUGUAAGGAGCAGCUACAGGGUUGAAGUGUUUUGAGCGGUCACCCCUUCUCAGUGUACUUUUUGGUGAUGCAACUGACUUUGAGUCGCCUUUAUUCCUGUAAGUAAUCCCUUAUUGAUACUCCUAUAAGUAAAUCUCAAUAAAAGCAUUGUUCUCCAA